UGCUUGCAUGGGGCCAGGGGAGGCUGCCCAGGUCCAAGGCAGAAGCCGGGAGGAGAAAGAGGCUGCUUCCCAGAAGCCCAAGAGCUCAGGCUGGGGUGCAUCCUUCCACUCCCCUCCCGAAGGCCCCUGACCCGCACUCUUCCUCUGCCAGCCGGCCAGGCCAAUUCAGGAAAACUAGGUCUCGAGGCUCAGGAAAGAAGGGCACAGCCCCACCCUGGCUGGGCACAGACACAGACAGACACAGACACCGCUACUCCAGGGAAGCUGGCAGGGAACGGGCCACAGAACUUGAAGCUCACACAGCCUCCCUCACUGAUCAACUGCAGAGCUGCUGAGCAGCCUUGGGGAGGUUGUGGGAAGGUGCCUUUUAUGGGGAUUGAGGGGUGAAAGCCCAUCCUCAAGCCCUGUCACGUUCACCCAGGUGGACCCAAGGGCCCCAUUCAGCCAUUGUCAACAUUCAGCCCUUCCAAAGCAGACAGACCCCCGGCAGUACAAACAGGGUUGUCCACCAGGGACAGUUUCAGGCUAAGAUCCCAGACUCUUCCCAACUGAGCCACCGAGGUUUCAGAGCCGUGUCCUGAAUCACAGAGGUCACACAGAAUGCUCCUCACCCCCCUGCAGAGAGGCAGAACCACCCAUCAGGAGGGGUCUCUGGAUGGGCCUACACCCCACAGUGCAGAAGUGAAACUUGAGGGCCUCUGCGGCCUCUGACUGCCCCGCCUGGCCCUCUCGGGCCCCUCCUUUCCUGCCCCAACUGCUGUCCUCACAGCCUCUGCCAGCCAGGUGGCAGAAGCACUAAGUGGCUCUAGUGGUGAGGAAGGGCAAGGGCUGGGGCUGGGCUGGGGGCCCAUCGGACCCCUAGUUGAGAACUCCAUCCCCGGACGUGCGACCCUCCCAUGCCAGCUGGCUCCUGGGAACUGAGCCCCUCAUUACCCACCUCCACCUCCCCAGCUGUGUAGGGACAGAUCCUGGGGCAGAGUCCAGGGCGGCUCAAGGCUCCUCCACACACGCCUGCUGAACCCUGAGCACCCUGCGCUGCCCGGAUGGGGCAGGCUGCGGCCGCCGCCAUGAUCCCAGGCCUGGCCCUGCUCUGGGCAGCAGUGCUGGGGGGUGCUGCCCCCAGCCCUCCCCGCCUUCGGCUCUCCUUCCAAGAGCUCCAGGACCAGCACGGUCUCCGGACCUUCAGGCUGGAGAGGACCUGCUGCUAUGAAGCUCUGCUGGUGGACGAGGAGAGAGGACGCCUGUUUGUGGGUGCCGAGAACCGCGUGGCCUCCCUCAGCCUGGACGACAUCAGCAAGCGGGCCAAGAAGCUGGCCUGGCCGGCCCCUGUGGAAUGGCGAGAGGAGUGCAACUGGGCAGGGAAGGACAUUGGUACCGAGUGCAUGAACUUCGUGAAGUUGCUGCAUGCCUACAACCGCACCCACUUGCUGGCCUGUGGCACAGGGGCCUUCCACCCAACCUGUGCAUUUGUGGAGGUGGGCCACCGGCUGGAGGAGCCCACGCUCCGGCUAGACCUUCGAAGGCUGGAGGACGGCAAGGGCAAGAGUCCUUAUGACCCCAGGCAUCGGGCUGCCUCCGUGCUGGUGGGGAAAGAACUGUACUCAGGGGUGGCCGCAGACCUCAUGGGCCGGGACUUCACCAUCUUCCGCAGCCUGGGCCAGCGUCCAAGCCUGCGAACAGAACCACACGAUUCUCGCUGGCUCAACGAGCCCAAGUUCGUCAAGGUCUUUUGGAUCCCAGAGAGCGAGAAUCCUGAUGAUGACAAGAUCUACUUCUUCUUCCGUGAGUCGGCAGUGGAGGCUUCGCCAUCACUGGGACGCCAGACUGUGUCCCGGGUUGGCCAGAUCUGUCGGAAUGACGUGGGAGGCCAGCGAAGCCUUGUCAACAAGUGGACCACGUUCCUGAAGGCGCGUCUGGUGUGCUCAGUGCCAGGUGUCGAGGGUGACACACACUUCGACCACCUCCAGGACAUGUUCCUGCUGUCCUUGAGGGACCGCUGGAGCCCACUGCUCUACGCUGUCUUCUCCACAUCGAGCACCAUCUUCCAGGGCUCUGCAGUGUGUGUGUACAGCAUGAACGACGUGCGCCGGGCCUUCCUGGGGCCCUUUGCACACAAGGAAGGGCCCAUGCACCAGUGGGUGUCCUACCAGGGCCGUGUCCCCUACCCCCGGCCUGGCAUGUGUCCCAGCAAGACCUUUGGCACCUUCAGUUCUACCAAGGACUUUCCUGAUGACGUCAUUCAAUUUGCCCGGAACCACCCCCUCAUGUACAAUUCGGUCCUGCCCAUGGGUGGUCGCCCUCUCUUCAUACAAGUGGAUGCCGGGUACACCUUCACCCAGAUCACUGCAGACCGUGUAGCAGCUGCUGACGGACACUACGACGUCCUCUUCAUUGGCACAGACGCUGGCACAGUGCUGAAGGUGAUCUCCGUCCCCAAGGGCAGCCAGCCUAACGGGGAGGGGCUGCUCUUGGAGGAGCUGCACGUUUUUGAGGAUUCAUCUGCUAUCACCAGCAUGCAAAUCUCUUCCAAGAGGCACCAGCUGUACAUAGCUUCGCGGAGCGCGGUCGCCCAGAUCCCGUUGCACCUCUGUGCUGCCCACGGCCGCGCCUGUGCGGAAUGCUGCCUUGCGCGAGACCCUUACUGCGCCUGGGACGGGGCCGCGUGCACGCGCUUUCAGCCCAGCGCUAAAAGGCGGUUCCGGCGGCAAGACGUGAGGAAUGGCGACCCCAGCACGCUGUGCUCCGGCGACUCCUCUCAUCCCGCACUGCUGGAGCGGAAGGUGUUCGGUGUGGAGGGCGGAAGCGCCUUCCUGGAGUGUGAGCCCCGCUCGCUGCAGGCGCGCGUGGAAUGGACCUUCCAGCGCGCAGGGGAGGCGACCCACACCCAGGUAGCUAUGGAGGAGCGGGCGGAGCGCCUUACGGGGGGACUGCUGCUGCGCGGACUGAGGCGCGGGGAUUCUGGCGUGUACCUGUGCGCAGCUGUGGAGCAGGGCUUUUCGCAGUCGCUGCGUCGCCUCGUGCUACACGUGCUGAGUGCUGCGCAGGCCGAAAGGCUGGCCCGGACCGAGGAGGCUGUGCCCGUAGCCCCUCCAGGCCCCAGGCUCUGGUACCGGGACUUCCUGCAGCUGGUGGAGCCGGGCGGCGGUGGCGCGAGUUCCCUGCGAAUGUGUCGUCUGCAGCCUGAGUCGCGCCCACCGCCUCCCGAGUCACGGAGGAAGGGCCGAAACCGGCGAAGGCACGCCCCAGAGCCGCGUGCUGAGCGGGGGCCGCGCAGCGCAGCGCACUGGUGAUUCGGCAGUCCACGCCGGGUACAGGGAAGGAGGCUACAGGCAGGACAGGGGGAGGACAGACCGUGGAGGACGCACAGCUAGGGAGCCUGGCACAUUGGUCCCCGGUUGAUGGAGACACCGACCUACAGGCCCUGGCUGAGGGGCAGCCUCCCCGGCUUAUUUAUUAACAGAGGAUAACCCUUGAAUGUAGCCCUGGGAGGGACGGCCCAGGCGGGGCACAGGGGCCGGCUGGUCGGGAGGAGGGAGAUAAGCAAGGCUCCAGAGCAACGACCUGGGCAGAGGAGGUGCCCGGAGUGCCCACCCCGGGAUAAAGACCUCCUCCUUGGAGAAUGAGCAGAAAGCUGUGAACAGGCUGAACUGGUGGGGCGGGAGUGGGACAGGCCGACUGUACUAAUGCAAUAAACACAUUAUGAGCCGAAGCUGGAAUGGCCCCAGCUGACAA